UCUGUAUUUUGCGGUACUAACUUCUCGAUAGAAUUUUAAAUAAAUUAUAAAGUACAUAAAAAUCAUAGUAAACAUACAGAAUACACGUCACUAAUUAAGAUGAUAAAAAGUUAAAAUAUUGAAUAACUUAUUAUGAAUAUACCUUGAAAGAUCAUAAAUUAUUGAAAAUCAGCGUAGUAGUAAUAGUUCUUAUGAAUUAGCUUUAGAAAAAUUAAUAUUAAAAAUAACUUUUAAUUAAUAUUGAAAAAUAACUAUUAAAAUUAAAAAAAAACAUCAAUAAAAAUGUAUAGUAUAAUAAUAAUAGGAUCAACAGGAGGAAUUGUAGGAGGAAUUGCAGGAUGUGCCGCAUUGCCUUUUUUAGGGUUUGGUUUAGCUGGUAUUUCAGCUGGUUCAAUUGCAGCUUCUUGGCAAGCUUCUAUUGGUGCUGUUGCAGCUGGAUCUUUAUUUGCUACUUUACAAUCUUUGGGAGCUUCAGGACUAGGUAUGCUUUUAUUUGGACCAGCUGGAGCCGUAAUAGGUUUAUUAAUUUCUAUAGCAGCAAGCUUAAAUUGGUGGAAAUAAGAUAAAUAUAUAAUAUAGAAUAGGAAAAGGUAAAACGGACAAGUUAAAGGCAGAGUAAAUAAAGGUGAAGGAAUGGAUAAAGUAGAAAGGUAAGAAUUCGGAGAUGUAAAAGGAGAUAGGUAGUAGAGAUUAGAGCGACGAAAA